AUGCAGGAUCAAGUGGCCAAAUAUUCGGAAUCAACUCCGGUUGGGCCGCCUCCUCUCUCCUUCACCCAAGGAGAGCGAAUCACAGCCAAAUAUCCCACCGUCACCGCCGCCUUCUAUCAUCAUGCAGAGACUCAGCCUGAUGUCACUGCAGCCCGUGACCUGUCGGCACCAGAGGCACGAGAGAUCACAUACGGCCAUCUGGCCCAUCGGGCCAACCAGCUGUCCAGGAAACUGACCACUCUCGGGGUCAAGCCUGGAGAUCGAGUGCCGCUUGUCGUAAAGCGAGGCAUCGACAUGUUGGUUGGUAUCGUUGCCAUCUUGUCCUGUGGAGCUCAGUACGUGCCGCUGGACGGCGGUGUGGUUCCGGACUCUAUGCUGCGUUUCGUUCUGGAACAGGCUGGUGGCAAGCAUGUCCUCUGCCUCAACUCGACAAAACAUCGCUUCGAGACUCUCGGAGUCUCUUGCGAGAUUUUGGUGAUUGAUGAGGACCGGGAGAAAGACUCCGAGAACGCGCAAAUCCUGCCCUAUCAGGACUUAGCUGAGACAGACCACGGCUGUUAUGUGAUCUACACAUCAGGAACGACGGGCACACCCAAAGGAGUGGAUGUUACUCACAAGAAUGUCACCAACCUGGUGUGCCUUUCACCCGGAAACCUGGGUAUCUCGGCCGGAACUCGGGUGGGCCAGGUUUUGAACAUUAGUUUCGAUAUGGCGGCAUGGGAGAUGCUGGGUUGCCUUUGCAACGGUGGCACCCUGAUUUUGAGGGGUUCAAAGUGGGAACCAUGCAUUCGAGAGGCGCAAGUUCUGAUUUGCACACCAAGCAUCUUGGCCAAAUAUGACCCUCGAGAAUACUCCAACGUCCGAGUUGCGGCAACCGCAGGCGAGCCCAGCUCUCAGAGACUUGCGGAUCUAUGGGGGGCACAUGCGAAGUACUACAACUGCUGUGGGCCAACGGAGACCACGAUCGUCAACACCAUGCACCUUCAUCAGCCGGGGCAGACAUUGACGAUUGGAAAACCGACUCCGAACAACACAGUCUAUGUUCUUGAUGAUGAGGGAAGGUCUCUCGGUGUUGGUGAGCCCGGCGUUAUGUGGGCUGGCGGUCAUGGCAUCUCUCGAGGAUACGUUUCCUUGCCGGAGAAGACUGCUGAGAGAUACAAGCUGGAUCCCUUCGCCAAUGACGGGUCCAUGAUGUACAACACUGGAGACCUCGGACGUUGGAGGCAAGAUGGUUCGAUCGACAUCUUGGGCAGAGUUGAUGACCAGAUCAAGAUCAAGGGUUUCCGAGUUGAGUUGGAUGGAGUCACAUCCUCAAUCAACUCUUGCCCCAUUGUCUCCAGAGCAACUGCUCUGUUGAUUGGCAACGAGAUCCAUGGUUUUGUCGCUCCCAAAGACUGCGAUCUUGACACCAUCCAAGUUCACAUCAGAGCUCGCCAGCCCUACUACGCCAUCCCCAGCAAGUUCCAUUUCCUCGACGCUUUGCCCCUUACAUCCAACGGCAAAGUGGACAAGCGGGCUCUGAAGGACAUGGUCACCGUCCAAGACGACGACAAGAAGGAGGCCACCGUCACUAUCAGAGAGACCGGGUCCAAAGAGUCUCUAUCUACAGACAGCCAGACCGCCUCCGUCGACGAGAAGUCCCAGUCUUCUGCAUCCAGCUUCACCGAGGUCGAUGAAAAGCUCGACCUCACUGGCGACGUUCCCGAAAAGACUCUUGGCCGCCCUUACCGCGGCUUCGUCCACAGAAUCGCAAUCGUCUACCGUCGCCUGUUCACCAUUGUGGGCAUUUUCAACAUUGCUGCGGUCAUUGCCCUCAUUUUUGCCGGCUUCAAGAGAGACUGGCUCGGCACUCUGACUGCCAUGAACCUGCUCGUCGCCGUCUUGGCGCGCCAGGACUUCGUCAUCAACGCCCUCUACACCAUCACCUGCAACGUCCCCAAGUCCUGGCCGCUCGGUAUCCGGAAAAGAUGUGCCAAGAUCUUUCACUUCGGAGGAGUUCACUCUGGAGCUGCAGUUUCUGCCGGCGCCUGGCUUCUUGCGUCUAACAUCAGCGACGAGGUCUGUCAGCUGACGGAGUGUUCAAACUGGGGCCACCAAUCCAUGGCUUCGAAGGUCAUCUCAUGGAUUCUCACCGGCCUGUUCACCAUCACGAUUGGUCUGGCAUGGCCCGGGUUCCGGAAGAAGCACCAUGACAUGUUCGAGAAGACGCACCGUUUCGUGGGAUGGACGAUGCUCGGCCUCUUCUGGGCGCAGAUUGUGCUCGCUGCCAAUGACGGAAAGGUCUCCUCCAUGUCUCUCGGUGCAGCCUGCGUCCGCACACCCGGCUUCUGGAUGCUGGCUGUCGCCACUCUGAGCAUUGCGUCCUCGUGGUUCUUCCUCCGCAAGGUUCCCGUUGACGCGGAGGUACUCUCGAACCAUGCCGUCAGACUACACUUCGACUACACCGUCCCUGUCAACGGUAGCUUUGCCAGGCUUUCCCAGCGCCCCCUUCUCGAAUGGCACUCCUUCGCCACCAUCCCUGCACCCGAGCAGGUGGGAUCUCGCGCCAAAGGAUUCUCACUCGUGGUUUCCAACGCUGGCGAUUGGACCAAGAACUGUAUCCAAAAGCCCCCUACGCACAUCUGGGUGCGCGGUGUCCCUACAUGUGGUGUCAUGAGGAUUGCUACCUGCUUUAACCGUAUUGUGGUCAUUGCCACAGGCUCCGGCAUUGGUCCCCUCCUGGGUCACAUCCAACAGCCAAGUUGCGCGACUCAGCUCAUCUGGUCUACACCGAAGCCCGAGGAGACCUUUGGCAAGGAGAUGAUCGAUUCCAUCAAGGCCAAGAUUCCCAACGCUGUCAUCCAUGACACGAAGAUUCUUGGUCGCCCAGACUUGGUGAAGAUGGGAUACAACCUGGCCAAGAGCUUUGAGGCAGAGGCAGUCAUCAUCAUUGCCAACGAGAAGAUCACGAAGAAGGUGGUCUAUGGCCUUGAGACCCGAGGAGUUCCGGCUUACGGCGCCAUUUGGGACUCUUGA